AUGGUCACGCUGACUCUCUGAAAAGCCGCAAGAAAAUAAAAAUACAUAUAUCAUCUUCCUAGCUAUUAUUAUUAUUAACAAAAAUGUCGGAACCAGUUGAUAGCACAGAGGUAAAGUCACCGUCGUACGACUUAUCCAAGUUCCAACUGAAGCGAAUCCUAACCAACAACAGCGUUAGGAAAAGUAUAUCCCUGCUUGGAACUUUUCCGGAUUUAGGAACCGAUGAUGCCAUUGUUGUUUUCGAGAAAAAUGCGUACCGGGAAAGCGAUGUGGCAACGGCGUCAUCGGAGGAGUCUCCCAAGAAGCCAAGCUAUUUUACCGCGGACCUGAAAGUUGACACUGAGUUUAUCAACAAUAUCUACGGCAGUUUUCAGGUUGUGCCGACCCGGGAUUUGUGCAGUGUGAAAAGCACAGUCAUUUAUCCCGCCACCGAGAAGCACAUCGAGAAGUACUCAGUUUCCCAAAAGUAUCUCAUACGGGAGACUCCUGAUCUCUACCAAAGAAUAACCCUUCCAUAUCUUACCUCAAGUCAGUUCUCCCUCGAGUGGGUCUACAACAUACUCGAGCACAAGCAGGAGACGGAACGUAUAGUGUACGAGGACAAGGAUCCAAAGACCGGCUUUAUCCUUCUGCCUGAUCUUAAAUGGGACGGACGCAAUGUGGAAACCCUCUAUCUGCUGGGCAUUGUCCACAAGCGCGACAUCAAGUCUCUGCGGGACUUGAAUGGAAGUCAUCUCGAUCUUUUGCGCAACGUGCGCCAGGCGUCGAAGGAUGCAAUUUCGAAGCUAUACGGCAUUAAUCCCAAUCAGCUGCGCAUGUACUUUCAUUACCAGCCGUCCUUCUAUCACCUCCACGUGCACAUUAAUCCAGUACGUAACGAUGCGCCGGGCAUAUGGUGCGAGAAGUCCCACAUGCUGGACACGGUGAUCAACAACUUGGAACUCAUGCCGGACUACUAUCAGCGAGCCACCUUGCCGUUUGUCCUGUACGAAGGCAACAAGCUGUUGGAUCUCUAUGAGCAGGAGCUGCCCAUUAGAGCGCUGACAAAAGCGAGCGACGAUAAGGAGCUCCCUGACACAGACUCUUUGGGCGUCGCUCCACCGGAAGGCUUUAGCGAUGAGGAGCCGGAGGAUAGGCAGUGCAAGCGCAUAAAGUUGGGCUCGCCGGAGCCCAAGGAGGCCGAGUCCGCUGUUCAGGCAUGUGCCUAAGCUCCCUUUCCAAACGUUCAGUGGUAUUACUUAAUGAGAAAGCUAAACCUAGAUGUUGCCUAUCAAUAAUACAUCCUACAUAUGAUCAUUCAA